AACAACAAAUUAUUGUAUCACCUACAGGACCAGUUCCACUUCCUCAACAUCCUCAACAACAGCCACAACAACAACAACAACAACAAUACGCUUAUGUUUAUCCAGUUAGCCCACAAUAUUCGGUUCAAUACUAUGCUGACUAUUCGCACGCGGGAUAUCAAAGUUACCCUGGUUCUCCUGUUUUACAUCCUCAAUCACCAUCUAUGAAUCCCACUACUUUUAGUCCAACUUAUCAUUAUCAAGGUACCAAUAUCUCGUUAUCCUCUCCAACAAAUGCAGCUUAUGUAAUCCCUCCGCCUGGUCAUCAUCAUCAACAACGUUUCCCACCGUUACAUAUAUCUUCACCAGUAUUGACAGGUCAUCAUCCUACUUUAUCACCUGGAUCACCUCCUCAUCAUUAUCUUCCUGGUCCCUAUGAGCAACGUAGUGGUAAUAUUCCUUCUCAACAAAAGCAGCAAAUUCAUCAUCAGCAUACAGUAUAUCAUCAAAAUCAUCAUCAGCAUCAUUAUCCAUCGAAACGACUUCAACAUCGAUCUCGUUCACAACAACCAUCUCAUCAAAUGACAACAAAGGAAUUGCAAGAAGAAGAAGAAGAGCAUCAAGAAUUACAAGAAUACCAACGUCAACUACAACAAGAUUCUCAGUAUCAUUCUCAUAACAUGUAUGUACGUGGUCUCGCCUCUUCCAUGACAGAUGAAACAUUUUUGGAUUUAUGUCGCACUUAUGGUACCAUUAUUUCAUCCAAAGCCAUUUUGGAUCAAAAAACCGGUGACUGUAAAGGGUAUGGAUUCGCUAUGUAUGAAAACGAAGAUGAUUGUCUCAAGGCGAUUGAAAUGUUGAACAGCAAUGGGUUACAAGCAUCAUUAGCAAGGGUUGGUCAAGAAUCAUUUAGCUCACGAUUACGAAACCUUCAAGACGAAACCUCGACCAAUAUUUAUAUUUCUAAUCUCCCAUUGGACAUGACAGAACAGAAACUAGAGGAAUUAUUUUUACCAUGCAAGACAGUUUCCAAUCGUAUUUUAAGAGAUCCUCAAUCUGGACUUAGUCGAGGUGUUGGAUUUGCAAGAUUGACGGAUCGUUAUUCCGCUGUGACCAUCAUUGACAAGUUUAAUGGCCAAACCAUCACUGGAUCAUCUGCAGCCUUACAAGUUCGAUUUGCCGAUUCACCUGCUCAGAAGAAACUUAAGCAUCAAACUGCACGAAAGCGACUUCUUAAAUCAGCCUCACCUCGCGAUUAUCAAUCAAUGACGGCCGUUACGUUCAAUCAUCAUCAGUUACCAGUGACACCUGAAACAAUGCUUGGAUUUACUCCUUCUCAUCAAAUUGAUCAACAAUCAUCGACUGUAGCCACUCCACCUGAUUGUGAAAAUGAUUUGAUGACUGAAGUAAAAGAAUAAUGUGUCAAAUGAACAGUGAUUCCACCCUCUCCUUUGGUCCACGUUGGUACUAAGAACCUCAAGACAUAUUGGUUUCAUUCCUCCUUGGUUUCGUAUGAUUUGUCAUCCUCCCUCUUUUACCUUUUUGUUUUUUUUUUAUAUAUAUUUUCUUUUUCUCCUUUUUGUUGUUUUUUUAGUUUUAGUUUUGUAGUUGAUGUAUGUGAUAUUCCUUUCUUCUGUCGAAUAAAGCAUUUCCCUUUUUUUUUUUU